AUGAAUAAACAACAUUUCCUUGUUAUUUCUUUGCCUGCACAAGGCCACAUAAACCCCACUCUCCAACUAGCCAAAAACCUUGCACGCACCGGUGCACGCGCCACCUUCGUCACGACCGUUUACGGCCUCAACCGAAUGAACAACCUUCCAACACAAGACGGGCUAUUCUAUUCCUCGUUCUCCGAUGGGUACGACGAUGAUUCUUGGAUGAAUUCGAACAACACCGUGGAUUAUUUCAUGAACGAUUUAAAGAUAAACGGAUCAAAAAACCUCAAAGAUCUCAUUCAAAAAAUUUCUGACGAGGGUCACCCCGUUAUGUUCUUGGUCUACACAAUUCUCUUGCCGUGGGUUGCGGUGGUGGCGCGUGAGAUACACGUGCCGUCAGCUUUUCUUGUCAUUCAAUGUGGUACUGCUUUUGCAAUUUAUCACCAUUUGUUAAAUUCCACUAACGGAGUUUAUAGUAACUCCGUUAGCGAUUUUACGGUUAUGCCCUCCUUUCCUAUUGAAAUUCCGGGAUUGCCCUUAUUUUCAUGCAAUGAUAUUCCUAAUAUAGUUUUACCUAAUAAUCAUCUUUCUUCAAUCAUGAUACCUAUUUUGAGAGAACAUAUACAAAAUCUUGAAAAUGAUCCAAAUUCGUAUGUACUCAUCAACACAUUCGACGCGUUAGAAGAAAAAUCCAUGAGAGUUAUAGAUAAAUUCAGGAUGUUUUCGAUAGGCCCUUUGGUUCCCUCAGCUUUUUCCGAUGGAAAUGACCCUAAGGACAAGUCAUUUGGAUGUGAAUUAUUUGAUAAAUCCGAAAAAAACUAUCAUCAAUGGUUGGAUUCGAGACCUGAGGGCUCAGUUGUGUAUGUAUCAUUCGGGAGCUUAGCCGUGUUAAAGAAAGAACAAGAGAAAGAAAUUUUACGCGGAUUAUUAGAAAGUGAAAGGCCUUUUUUAUGGACGAGGAGAAAAGGGGAAGACGAAGGAAAAAAGAAGAAUCUUGAAUAUGACGAUGUUAUAAUAGACGAAAAAUUAGGUUUAAUUGUACCUUGGUGUUCACAAAUGGAGGUACUAUGUCAUAAGUCGAUAGGGUGUUUUGUUACACAUUGUGGAUGGAAUUCGACUCUGGAAAGUCUAGUGAGUGGGGUACCUAUUGUGGGGUAUCCACAAUUUUCUGACCAAACAACAAAUGCCAAAAUGUUGGAGGAAGUUUGGGGAAUUGGAGUAAGAGCAAAAGAAGUUGAAGGAAUUGUUAAAAGAGAAGAGUUAAAGAGGUGUUUGGAAAUUUUAAUGGAAAAUGGAGAAAAAGGGGAAGAAGUUAAAAGGAGUGUGAAGAAAUGGAGUGAUUUAGCUUUGGAUGCUGUGAAAAUUGGAGGUUCUUCACAUGACAAUCUCAAGAAAUUCAUAGAGGGUUUGUGA